AUGACUAUACUGGGGGCCAUGGAGUCUCAGGUGGGGGGGGGCCCGGCCGGCCCGGCCCUGCCCAAUGGGCCACUCCUUGGUACAAACGGAGCCACUGAUGACAGCAAGACCAACCUCAUCGUCAACUAUCUGCCCCAGAACAUGACACAGGAUGAAUUCAAGAGUCUCUUCGGCAGCAUUGGCGACAUUGAGUCCUGCAAGUUGGUUCGGGACAAGAUCACAGGGCAGAGCCUUGGCUAUGGAUUUGUGAACUAUUCUGACCCCAAUGAUGCAGACAAAGCUAUCAACACCCUCAACGGCCUCAAAUUGCAGACGAAGACCAUCAAGGUGUCCUAUGCCAGACCCAGCUCUGCAUCCAUCCGGGAUGCCAACCUGUACGUCAGCGGGCUCCCCAAGACCAUGAGCCAGAAAGAAAUGGAGCAGCUGUUCUCCCAGUACGGCCGUAUCAUCACCUCACGCAUCCUGGUGGACCAAGUCACAGGGGUCUCUCGGGGUGUGGGAUUCAUCCGCUUUGACAAGAGGAUCGAGGCCGAGGAGGCCAUCAAGGGACUGAACGGGCAGAAGCCGCUGGGCGCGGCUGAGCCGAUCACGGUCAAGUUUGCCAACAACCCGAGUCAGAAGACAGGGCAGGCUCUGCUCACUCACCUCUACCAGUCAUCUGCCCGGCGCUACGCAGGCCCCCUGCACCAUCAGACGCAGCGCUUCCGGCUGGACAAUUUGCUCAACAUGGCCUACGGAGUCAAGAGGUUCUCACCGAUCGCCAUCGAUGGCAUGAGCGGCCUGGCGGGCGUGGGCCUGUCGGGGGGCGCGGCGGGCGCUGGCUGGUGCAUCUUCGUGUACAACCUGUCUCCGGAGGCGGACGAGAGCGUGCUGUGGCAGCUGUUCGGGCCCUUCGGGGCGGUCACCAAUGUCAAGGUCAUCCGCGAUUUCACCACCAACAAGUGCAAGGGCUUCGGCUUCGUCACCAUGACCAACUACGACGAGGCGGCCAUGGCCAUCGCCAGCCUCAAUGGCUACCGCCUGGGCGAGCGCGUGCUGCAGGUCUCCUUCAAGACCAGCAAACAGCACAAGGCCUGA